AUGAAUCAUGAAGUGAUGUAUCGGUACCUGUUUACGCCUCCUUUGCUCAUUGACAGACACCGUGCUCUGACCACAAUUGCAGAGCACAACACGCUGCGCACCGCAGCCUUCACGCAGGCACAGAAAUGGGAGCCGUUUCCAUUAAUAGCUGCUCUGCACACGUCUGAAUUACAAUUCUUGCAGAGCCAGCUGCUUCGUCAGAUACCCGCAACCACUGUUUACAAAUCCGUGCCAGAUUUCCCUAUGGAUUCUAAUAAUGGCAACUGUAGAGGCGCCGGCAUUGAGCGCUGCAAAUGCAAACCUAUAAAAGCUACCCAGAAGACCUAUCUACGCAACAAUUAUAACUACGUCAUUCGGGCUAAAGUGAAGGAGGUGAAGACUAAAUGUCAUGAUGUCACUGCGGUAGUGGAAGUAAAGGAGAUCCUAAAAUCUUCCCUGGUGAACAUCCCAAAGGACACUGUAAACCUUCAUGCGAACUCCGGCUGCCUGUGCCCACCGCUCAGCACCAAUGAAGAGUACAUCAUUAUGGGCUACGAAGACGAGGAGCGCUCCAGGUUACUCUUGGUGGAAGGCUCCAUAGCCGAGAAAUGGAAGGAUCGUCUCGGUAAAAAAGUAAAGCGCUGGGAUCAGAAACUCCGCCACCUUGGGAAGGGGAAGGGAGAGCCCGGACACAGCGAUUCGGCUCCGAAGCCUGGCAAACCCAGCAGUGCCCGACAAGCACGUAGUUAGAUGUGGGACGCCGUACGUUGACAUGCAGUGGACUAUCUACCAAGACUUCAUUGUUGGAGCAGCAAAGGAGAAAUUGCACUAUUGCACGUUAUAUUCUAUUGUUUACUACAAAAUAAUGUUUUAGCUUAUAUUAGUUUUUAUUCUCCCUCUCGUUUUCUGCCUUUUUUUUUUUCGGAUGUGUGCAAGCUCUGGAAAUAUAUAUUUUUUUUCUGUUACUAAGAACUGUAGAAAACUGUCCUUAUGAGAUGGGGAAAGAUAGGGACAUGUUGAAUUUAGCAUUUUAUCUCCUGAAUCUUCUUAAGGAGAAAAUUCUGAUGCAAGUAGGAAUGAGAUCUGGCAAAGACCAUCGCUUAAAGUCAUGACUCAUGCUGGCUUCCCCCUUUCCCUCUUUCUUGGUCACUGUUUGCUGAAACUUAUUGUGUUGGGGGGAGGUUGUUAUCUGUUUUUAAAUGCAUAAUUUUUUAUUCUGAAAUAUAUAAAGAAACGAUGUUAAGAGAACUGUUUUAAUCAGUACACCUUUGUUAAGUUUUCUUAUAAAUAAACCACUUGUGUAAGCCAAAGUCUAACUUAAAAUAUUUCCUGCGACAAACACGGUGUGCUUGUACACAGGGGACCUGGGUUUUCCAGUGCUCUGGACCUUUCAGGAAAGGUUGUAUAGUUCUGUUACCGCAGGACGUAAUUUAUAAUAUACUACUUCUCUUAUAACAGCAGGUUUUUUCCCCUUUUCUGUCUUUUCUUUGCUGAGUUGUAGGAGUAGACUGACUUACCAGGCCUGCUUCUCAGUACAGGUCUGCACUUUAUUGUUUUGAUUUUGUGGUGUUAUUCUUAAAUCU